UAGGUUAGCAGGGUAGACUGAGAGGAAAGCAGGCGCAGAGGAGGAGGAGGGGGGGUCCUAACAGCGCUCCUUCACCGUGGGACUGAUCUGUCAGGAAGAAGGGGGGAAAGAAGAGGAGUCUGAUAUCUGUUUGUCGGCGCGCUCGCAGACGGAGACGAUAUGAGAACCGGAGAGACUUGCCUCACUCUUUUAUUUUGCUCCAACUUGAUCCAACGAUAAGGGACAGAGGAGUUGAAGCCGUUAACAUUUACAGAAUUGUUUUUCUUUCUAUUUUUCCCCCCAUCUCUUUAACACUGACCCCAAUGUAGCCGAGAAUUGCUCGUCCAGACCAAGAACAGAAAACACCAUAAAAAUGAGAGCUCAGAUUGAGGUCAUCCCCUGUAAGAUCUGCGGGGACAAGUCCUCAGGAAUUCACUACGGAGUCAUCACCUGCGAAGGCUGCAAGGGUUUCUUCCGCCGCAGCCAGCAGAACAAUGCCAUGUACUCGUGUUCCCGCCAAAGGAACUGUCUGAUCGACCGUACUAACCGGAACCGCUGCCAGCAUUGCCGUCUGCAGAAGUGUCUGGCUUUGGGCAUGAGCCGAGAUGCUGUCAAAUUUGGUCGUAUGUCAAAGAAGCAGCGGGACAGUCUCUACGCCGAGGUUCAAAAGCACCAGAAGUCCCAGGAGUGCGCAGGAUCCGUUGGCUCCAAGCCCUUGUCUUUGCCCCGGGAGGAUGGAGUGUGUGGCAGCAGCACAGACGACGGUGAGGAGGGCCUGAGCCGGUCCUACAGCAGCGGGGGCUCCACCUCCACCCUCAGUGACCUGGAUGACAUUGCAGCGCUGCCGGACCUGUUCGACCUGCCGCUGACCCCRGAAGAGGCCAGUGAAUACUGCAGCCUGGAGCUGCUCGGGGGUGGAGGGGCCAGCACCGGGAACACCUCCAACUCCUCGUCGUCUUCGUCCCCGUCCAUGUCCAAUCAGAACUCCCCGCAGCAGACCAUGCUGGACUCGGCAGACACCGUUGGGAGCCAGCUCCUGCACACACAUCAGCUGCUGGGACACAGGCGUUCACUGCUGGACCAUCUGCCCGAUGACUGCUCAAUAACAGACCUCGAGAACAUCACCAAAAGCAUCUUUAAGUCUCACCUGGAAACGUGUCAGUACAGCGCUGAAGACAUGAAGAGAUUUACUUGGGCCCAGUACACACCUGAGGAAAUCCGGGUCUUUCAGAAUAAAUCAGCGGAGUGGAUGUGGCAGCAAUGUGCGCACCACAUCACCAAUGCCAUCCAGUACGUGGUGGAGUUCGCCAAGCGGAUCGCAGGCUUCAUGGACCUGUGCCAGAACGACCAGAUCAUUCUGCUGAAAGCAGGUUGUCUGGAGGUCCUGCUCAUUCGAAUGUGCCGCGCCUUCAACAGCAACAACAGCACCAUUUUCUUCAAUGGAAAAUUUGCUUCGGCUCCGUUCUUUAAAGCCCUAGGCUGCGAUGAUCUGGUGAGUGCGGUGUUCGAGUUGGGGAAAUCACUCUGCCAUCUGCAGCUCUCUGAUGAGGAGAUUGCUUUGUUCAGCGCUGCUGUCCUUCUGUCCCCCGAUCGACCUUGGCUGACAGAAGGCCAAAAGGUUCAGAAACUCCAAGAUAAAGUCUACCUGGCUCUGCAGCACAGUCUACAGAACAGUGAUGCUUGUGAGGAGAAACUUGAUAAGAUGGUAUCCAAGCUGCCCAUAAUGAAGUCUAUCUGUAACCUCCAUGUUGAUAAACUGGAGUUUUUCCGUUUGGUCCACCCAGAGACUGCCUACAGUUUUCCACCGUUGUACCGGGAAGUGUUUGGCAGUGAGAUGUCUCUGCCGGACUCCACUCACAGCUAGACAGACAAACAGAGUAACAAGAGAGAUGGAGAGAGUGUGUUUGGAAGUAGAGGAUCAAAAUGAGAGACAGCAAAGCAUAAAGAGUGUAAAGCUCAACAACCAGCGGUUUAAAAAGACAAUCCAGGACUUUAAAUUCUUYGUCUCCCAAAGUAGUCCUCCACUAUCCCAGCAGGCAUACGCACCUUACACUACAGACCACACAUGCCUAUGUUCCUGUGAAUAUCGUAGCAUUGAGAACAACUGUAAUAAUGUCACAGCAGUCUACAUGGCAUGUCAAAGCUCCAAGCUCUAAAAGAUGUUUAACAUUUUUCUGAUCCACUGUGGAUCACCUAACUAAUUAUGAAUGUACCUCAUCAAUUAGCACCAGUGCACAAGCAAGAAACCCAACUACAAGAGUGAAUGUACAACUCUGCCACUCUAAAACAGAGUUUCACACAAAGCAUGGAGAUGAUCAAUAGGMACAGCUGUUGGGCACUGUCCCUCUACUCCCUUGCAUCUCAGAAUGACGUGAAUUCAUGCAGACACCAUCCUUUCACUGACCCUCUCUUAGGGACCAAGAUCACAGGUCAGAUUUUUCUCUGACGUAAACAGAAAACACACACAUGACUCAGCGUGUACUCAGUCAUUAUAGCUCAAACACACAGUUCCACACACAUCGUCAGUACACAGUGUUCGGUGCUGCCUUUUCGUAGGCCCUCGUAAYGCAAAGAAAAACCUCAGUCCCCCACACCCCGUUCCUUGCAAAUGCCACUUAGCGACAGGAAAAAGAUGAAAUUAUCUUUUAAUUUAUAUACACAUUUAUAAGCAUAUAUUUUAAAUAAGAAUGUAAAUAGGUAAUUAUGUAAGUAUAUGAGAAGAGUUAAGUGUGAGUGAGGUGAGGUGGGUGAGAACGCACAAGUGAUGUGAGGAAAUAGAUAAUUCGACUCGGAUGUUUUUUUGUUUGUUUGUUUUUUCCUCUUUUGACAGUAUUCUCAGGUUUCCCAGGCAACAAACCCUCCCUCUUUGGCAAAGCAUUUCCAUCGAGCAAAAAGGAGAGCUGGUGGAAACUUGUUGCUGAUUCAACAGAGCGGGGUGGGGCAGAAUAUUCGAACACAGGCAAAAAAAAAACAAUGAAAACUGAACUGUUAGCUUUCACUUUGCACUGCUGCUGCCCACCCCUUGCUAAAAGAGAACAAGAGGAUGAACUGGACUCUAAUAAACAAAGAGAGCAAGGCAAAAGAUGACUUCAAGAACUGUAUAAAGAAGGGGGGAAACACUGGGUCUCCCUACCUGUUCCUAACCAGCAGUCAGUACGACAAGAGUGCGUUGAUGUAACUGUGUUUUAUUCAAAAUGUUUCAUUUAGCUUCAGGAUUACAAUGGUUCAUAUGCAUCAUAACCCUCUCUGCUGGUUGGUGCAGAUGUAUUAUUUUGUACAUUCGGAGUUCCUAUCUCCUUUAACCUUGAACACAACACUUUUUUUCCGAAAGCACUUAUACUUUCCUCUUUCUCAAUUGACACUAUUAAAGGCCAGACAGAGCUACCAGCUGCCCCCCUGAGUUUUGCUUCCAUGUCAGUAAGACUCAAGUUUGCUUGUUUUAUUAUCAUUUUAUUCCAUGUUUGUCACACUAAGGUCAGCCAUAACUGUUUACAAUUUUCCUGUACAUAACCCAUUUUCUGACGCGAUGAGCUGGUGAUGAUGAUGUCUUACUCGGGGUGCUGUGAUGUUCUCGAGCAGAGUCUGAGGACCUCCUGCCCGCUGCUCAGGGAGCUAGCUGUGACCUCUUGUCCCUUUUGUUAAAAGUGUCGUCUUUUAGCCUUGUACUCCUUACACCUUUGCACCUAAAGACCCGUAACCAUAAUCACUGUGGACGUACCGUAAGUUCUAUUUUUUUUGUGAAUGUUACUUACAGCGUGUCGAAAGCCCUUCCUGUUUGUCCUAAUAUUGUAACAUUAAAAUUUAAGAUUCAUAGGAUUUAAAAAAAACAUUAGUUUCUAGAUCAAUUUUGUCAUUGGGAUUUAAUGUUUCUUUUGCUGUGAUUUUCAGUUAUGUCAGUGUUUUCUCCACAAUUUCUUCACGUGUCUCCACGUUUUGUCUUGUAAAGCCAGUGAUUUAUUUUAUUUUCAUUUUUAAUUUCCAGAAACAUUAGGAAUUGUGCAAACAAAGAAAACCAUAGUUUGAUUUCCUUCUCUUUACCUGUAUGACUAAGUGUACAAGAGGUAUAUAACUAGUUCAAGAAAAACAGUCACACAGCUCGAUAUUCAGUAUAUUGUUUCUCCAGUUGGAUACAUUUUAUGUGGUUUUGAGAAUGUAAUAAAUGGGUUCUUUUUCUUUUAAA